AUGGCUCCAUCCUAUGCUAUCCUAGCCUGCUUGCCGCCUUUGGCGCUCAUGACGCGUUUACUUUUACCACAUGGGCACGUCACAGUCAGAAGUACUGUUUCGGAUUAUUCACAGACUGGAAGAAGAAGUAUUCUUGCAUCCCUCCAAAUUUUGAGGUCGUCAAUACAUGGAGACCAUAACCUGCUGUUGCUUGGAAUCUGUUAUGGCCUUUACUGUUUCAUCGCUGGUUCAUCCACAGUCAAGUUGCAGUAUGCAGCGUCCAAGUUUGCCUGGGAUGCCGUCGAGAUAGGAGAGUACUUGACAAUAGUGGGUGUCAGUAAAGUAGCUUCGUUGCUUUUCAUCAUUCCGGGUAUUAUGUACGUUUGGAAUCGAAAGACAAACGAUUCUCAAGUGGCAAAUUCUCUAGUGGACGGCUCAGUCAUGGAAGGUCAAAACUUGCCGGGUGACGUGCAUUAUGGAAGAAUGGACCAAGAUUGCAGCAACUCGACCCUUCAAGCAAAGCCAGCGGCUGCGGUAUUUGGCUACCCGAGCACUAAUACAAGUCAAUCGAGUCUCACCCUUUGUCAAUCUGAGAUAGAUGCAACUGAGGAUGGCACCAGAUGGAAGGCCGCGACGAUAAAUCAAGAACUUGCGUUGAAUAGAUUCCAGAUGGCAUCUUCAAUUUCUCGACACAACUAUCAAACCAGUCAGUUAUCUUUGAUGCCUUGCGAGAAAAAAACCAUGUUAUUAUCCACUGAAGCUUACCUUGGGAUGGAAUUGCCACCACACUCCACAGAGAUCGAUCUCAGCCUGGCGCGAUUUUCGAUUGGAUGGGGCGUAAUAUGUAGUGUUGGUUUGGUUUUCAGUCAGAAUAUGCUGAGCUUCAUCAUCCCGUCGGCUUUGGAAGCUCUAUCUCGAUCAACUGGGCCCGCGAUUCAAGCUGUUGUACUAAGCUUAAUUACUAUCAACAAUAAAAACAUUGGGAGUACAGAUGUUAUUUCAAGCUUCUCUUUGAUUGGUAUCUUAAUGUACGACCUACUUGGUGAGUUUUUCCGACAGAUUGGCAAACUAUUCAUCUGGUACGUCUAUGUCAAUUCACGCUCAACAGAUUUCAGCAAAAGCUUCUUAUUUGUGAUUGCAGCAUUGAAAAUGACAAAAUUGACACUGAUCAGGUUUGUUAAUAUCUCGGGGAAAAACAAUGUUGAUGAAGAAAGUUGUCGCAGGGAUGAAACCGGCGACUAG